AUGUCCGGGGCAGCCAAAAGAGCCGCCUCGCCCACCAGAGGCAUCUCUCCGCCCCCGCUUAAAAGAAAAGUCGAGUCAACCGUCACAAAGCGCACUGUCGCCUCGUUUUUCACACCUACAUCUCAGAAAAAGCCUGAGAAGAUCACAUGGAGGGUGGUCAACAACAGCCUCGUCAUUGGAAAGUAUACCACCGGUGCAGGUGAACAACCUGCACGAAGAGAGAAGGCCAAAGUGGCCGCCUUCGAUCUGGACUCCACCCUGGUUGUGACAGCCUCCGGCAACACCUUUCCGCGGGACUCUUCAGAUUGGAAGUGGUUUUCUCCCAAUGUACCGACGAGACUCCAGGAGCUGAAUGCUGAAGGAUACCAUGUCGUGAUCAUGUCCAACCAGAAGAGGAUCAGCCUGCAGAAAGACCUGAAGGGUGGCCGAGCCGAUUCGAAGAGCUUGACUAAUUUCAAGGAAAGGGUGACAGGCGUGAUGCGUCAGAUCGACAUCCCGAUCAGCGUCUAUGCCGCCACGGCAGACGACGAGAAUAGAAAGCCGCGAACCGGAAUGUGGAAGGAGUUUGUGGAAGACUACGACCUCGAUGUCUUUGGCGUCGAUCCAUCUGCAUCAUUCUACGUGGGUGAUGCUGCUGGGCGUCCCCGAGAUCACUCCAUGGUAGAUCGAGGCUUCGCGAUGAACGUCGGCAUCCCAUUCAAGACACCCGAAGAGUUCUUCCUGGAUCAGGCCUCCCAAGAUGUCCAGGUGGCCUUCAACCCUUCUUCGUAUAUCAAGACUGACCCCGCGGACAACGUGCCUGCCCCUUUCACCCGCCAGAGUCCUCGCGAACUGGUCAUCUUCUGCGGCAGCCCUGGAGCGGGUAAAUCGACCUUUUACUGGAAUCACCUCGAGCCGCUGGGGUACGAGCGAGUCAAUCAGGACAUUCUCAAGACGAGACAGAAGUGUAUCAAAGUCGCCAAAGAGUUUCUCGCAGCCGGUUCCUCCGUCGUCGUGGACAACACAAACGCAGACCCCAACACACGCGCCGAAUGGGUACGCGUCGCAAAGGAAUUCAACGUCCCCAUCCGAUGUGUCCACUUCACCGCUCCGCCGGAACUAUGCAAGCAUAACAACGCCGUCCGCGCCGCGAACCGAGCCUUGAACCCCGAAUCCCGCGCACCACUCCCCGGCAUCGCAUUCGGCGAUUUUUUGAAACGCUUCAAAGAGCCCACCCUGGAGGAAGGAUUCAGUGAUAUCGUCCGCGUGGAUUUUCGGUUUCAGGGCGGCGAAGAGGCAAGACGGAUAUGGGGCCAGUACUGGGUUUGA